AUGGACAACGGUCAGGCGCUCCCGCUACACAACGUCCACGUCGUCAACUUCGACGAGCGCGUCAAGAGGGAUGCAAGGCCGCCGUGGCCGCAGCGCAUAUGGACCGUCAUUCACUUUCUCCAUAGCAAGUUGACGAAGACGAAUACGGGGACGCCGUCUGACGGGCUCGGCGGGAAGGGGCCCGCCGGCAGUCGCGGGACGAGCGUCGAGGGGUCGCUGUACGGCAAGACUCCCGCCAGUCUCUACGCAGCCAGUGUCAACAACCCAGAGUACCGGCACUAUGUCGAGCACCACGACGAAGAGUCCGACUGGAGCGUGGAUGAGGUCGUCGUGUCCGGAGAGGAGGAUAACCAGUCGGUUCCGCCGAUCAGCGAUCCGGUGUACUACCCCGACUACCCUCAUGCCUCGGACUCUAUGCGCAUGCGCCUGCGCUGGGCUCCCCUGUUCUGGCAGGCGUACUAUGCCGUGAUCACCUUCUUCCACCCUACGUUCCCGGACAAGGACGCAGAGAUCCGGUACCAGAAGGAGCAGUGGCACAACAACAAGAUGGCUGCAGGCUAUUUCUCACUUUACCUCGUCAUCAACUGGGCAUUGUACCUGUGGCUCAAUCACAGCGUGACACUGUACGAGUACAUCGCCUUUUACGGCGUCUUUACUUUGUUCACGCUGCCCGUUCCGGUCAUGGUGGCGAUCAACCUCAAUAACAAGGCGCCGUUCAUCUUCCAGACUUGGUUCUGCAUUGCGACGUGGUACUGCGCGCUCACGGAGGUCAUUCAAAUCAAAGAAUGUGGCUUCUACACCCCGGAGAAAAACUGCCACGGCAAGGAUUUCCUCGCUAUGUAUUACUAUGCAACGGGCUUCCCUGUCAUUGCGCUGUUCAUCUGCGCGCGCAGGUCCUACAUGGCGUUCUUCCAGGUCGUGUUCUUCGUUCUGCUCAACACGAUGAUUAUUCCGGAUCAAACCAUCUACGCGAGGAACGUCGUCGGAUAUUGGCUAUCCUACCGCAUGGAGAAGGCCCGCCGACACCUUCAUCAGCUCAACGCGCAGCUCAAGCAAGCGUACUUUCAGCUGGAGUCCUCGAAGCAAGCAGAGGCUCAGCUGAGCGAAAGCCGCUCGCUUUUUGCGGCCUACAUCUUCCACGAAGUUCGGGUGCCGCUGAAUACUGCCAUGCUCUCCUUCGACAGCUUACAAGCGUCCGGGACACUGAAGAAGGAGACGGUCAAGACGCAAACGUUCGAGGUGCACGCGCUGGAAGUCAGCCUCAAGCAGAUGCAGCAGGUGCUCAAUGACGUGCUGGAUUUGCAGAAAAUGGACACUGGCCUUUUCGAGUUCAAGCCGCGUCCAUUCCCGUUCCAUCGCACGCUGUCGCAUAUUUUCUCCCACCUCAACGUCGCUGCCGCCGCCAAAGGCAUCCCCCUCGCGGUCAAGUUCGACGCCAACAUCGACGAGGUUCGCCUUCGCCCGAACUCGCCCACGCCCGACGAAGGCCUCUGGGUCAUCGGCGACGAGAUCCGGCUGCGGCAGAUCAUCACGAACCUGGGCAGCAACGCGAUCAAGUUCACGGGCGAGGGCGGCGCGGUGACGAUCGUGACGAAGCUGGUGCAGACGCCGGCGGACCGGCACAUGAGGGAGGAGGAGGACGAGCGGUUGGCGAUGGAUGCGAGGGAGAGGGAGAUUGUGGAAGGCCGGGUGAGGGAGAAGGAGGAGAGGGAUAGGGAAGAGAGGGAUAGGGAGAAGGAGGAUGGGUGCUUGGAUCCGGAGAGAGAUUUGGAGAAGGAGAGGGAUCCGGGGCACGUGACGGUGGAGAUGGGGAAGAUGGGGGAGGAGGAGAGGCGGACGGAGGAUGCGACGUCGACGGAUGGGAAGAGCUCGACGGGGUCGCCGCAGUCGGUGAGCAUGCGGAUGUUCAAGUUUAGGGUGGAGGUGCAUGAUCAGGGGCCGGGAUUGACGCCGGGCGAGUUCCGCAAACUGCGCAAGUUCCAGCCGUUUGUGCAGACCGCGAUUGGCAAGAAUAGCGGGAAGGGGAGUGGGCUUGGGUUGCCUAUUGUGCGGCAGCUCAUCGCUCUGAGUGGCGGUAAAAUGGGUGUCAUCUCCCGCAAGGGUGAAGGCGCGAUCUUCUGGUUCGAGCUCUCAUUCCCGGUCGCGACGCAAGGCGAGGUCCGCGCGGCCAAGGCAAUGAUGAGCAGCAUCCCACCACCGCCCAGCAUCCAAACGCCCUCCAGCCCCGCCUCCCUUGGCACCCCGAACUCACCCUUCGCGAAGCCGCAAGCCCCUUUCGCCUUUACCUCCAUGGCGUCCGACACCACCGUCUCCACCGCGUUCAUGCAGCCGUUCCUUCCGACGCCGGGCUCCGAGGCGACGGAGAGCACGCUUGCGGGGUCUCCUGGGCCGUUGUCGGGGAAGCGGACGAGCGUGCUGGAUAUGGCAGGCGCGGCGUUGGCGGAAACGCCCGGAGAAGAGGGAGAGUUCAGGUUGGAUUCGGGGGAGAAGGCACGGAUGCCGAUGCCGCAGCCACUCCAGAGGCCGGUGUCGAGGACGCCACCGCCUUCGCUGUCGCCAACUGUGCCGCGCUCGCCGGUAGAUUCGGCGGCUGACCACAAGGGUCCACAUCCUGCGCCUCUGUCGAACACAACGAAUACGACCCCGUCGACUCUGCAAGUACCCAAGCCUCCCCGACAUGCGCCUAGCAUGACACCCUCAAUACCUUCGGUCGCCAAUGGGCCCAUCCCAGCGGAAGAGCCCUUGGAAAUUCUCGUCGUCGAUGACGAGCCUCUGACCGGGAAGAUCAUGGCCAGAUUGUUGCAAUCCAUGGGCGCCAAGGUCACCACGGCGACGGACGGGCAGCAGUGCUUGGACAUCCUCCUGGGCCCGCCAGAACGACGGUUCGACCUUGUGUGCCUGGACAACUCGAUGCCGGUGAUGACGGGCUUGGAGGCGGUGGGGAAGUUGCGGGGGGCGGGGAGGUUGGACUUUGUCGUAGGUUGCACUGGCAACGCGCUCGUUACGGACCAGGGCGAGUACAAGGAUGCGGGUGCUGAUAUGAUUCUCACCAAGCCACUUACACGAGACCGCUUGAUGGACCUUGUCAAUAUCGCGCGCUAUCGGCGAAAACACAACAUCACGGGUCGCUACUCCGCGCACGCCGCGUUAUAGACCCGUCUUGCCCUCCUUGAACUGACUCGCAUCUACUGCCCACAUUUUGAUUCGCAUAUUUCUUUUCGCAUCUUUCUUUCUCACUUCCUCUGCAUCAUCCAUCCUCGCUCAACAACAACACAC